AUGGCAGCUGUUAGUCUAUCUCAGGAGCAAGUUAAAGACUUUGCUCUGGUCGAAAUAGAACUUCUUUUACGUGUAAGUGGGAGAUUUUUAAAAGAAUUCACACCUGUGCUGUUUCCUGAAGAUAUUACUCUGGAGUCACGUGAUAAUCCUCUUAUUCGGGAUGAGAGGAAUUACAAUCGCAAAACUCUUAGAGUUAGAAACGAGCAGAUGUUAGCCACUAUAACCAGCGAACAGAGAAGUGUUUAUGAUGAGAUCCUAGAAGCAGUAAAUAAGAACAAGGGAGGAUCUGCUCUACGUUCCCAAGGUAAUGUUGUUCUUAAGGUUGCAUCGAGCGGGAUUGCUGCGUUACUAUUAGAAGGAGGCCGAACUGCGCAUUCAAGAUUUGCAAUCCCUAUCGUGGUUAAUAAGUUUACCUUUUUUUCAAUCAAGAAGGAGUCGAAUCUUGCCGACCUGAUAAGGAUUGCUAAACUCAUUAUAUGGGAUGAGGCGUUGAUGAUGAGUAAAGACUGUUCCGAGACCCUAGAUAGAACGAUGCGUGAUAUAUUCGAAGUUGAUAAGCCCUUUGGUGACAAGGUCAUUGUUUUGGGAGGGGAUUUCAGAGUGUUGAGACUUACACAGAACAUGCGACUUAUUGCUGGAGAUAAUAGCCGUGUGAUGCUUGAACGAGCUGCCUUUACAAAGUGGAUCUUAGACAUUGGUGAUGGAACGAUAAAUGAUGAUGGAAGUGGUGAAGCCGUGAUUGAUAAUCCUGAUGAUUUGUUGAUUAAAGACUACCAUGCCAUACUGAGUCUAAGAAACGAUGAUGUAGAGACGAUAAAUGGUUACAUGCUUUCAAAGUUGUCGGGUGUUGAAAGGACCUAUCUUAGUUUUGAUAGCAUUGAUACGGCUGAAGAAGUUGUCAAUUACAAUGAUGCAUCUGAAGUACCAUCGGAGAGUGUAGCUAGUAAGAAGAAAGGUGGUUCCAACAAUAUGAUUUAUACCGAGGAGUUUUUAAAUAGUAUCAAGAUGUCUGGUUUCCCUAAUCAUGUCCUGAAGUUGAGAAAGGGUACUCCUGCUCAGAUAAUAACAGGUAGCAAGGUUGGUGAGAAAGUACUCAUUCCUAGGAUAUUCCUCUUUCCUUCGGAGAUGAAACUUCCUUUCAGGAUGAGACGCAAGCAGUUUCCUAUCACAUUAGCUUUUGCAAUGACUAUAAACAAAAGCCAAGGACAAACACUCGAAAAGGUUGGUUUGUAUCUUCCAAGGCUGGUAUAUACUCAUGGGCAACUCUAUGUCGCUGUGUCGAGGGUUACAUCCAGAGAAGGUUUGAAGAUAUUGAUCACCGAUAAAGAAAACAAACCACAAAGCAAAACAUUGAAUGUCGUCUACAAGGAGGUUUUUGACAAGAUAUGA